UAAAUUUAAAAAAAAUUACUGUAUACCGCCAAAAUAAAUUAGGUUUCUGUUAUUGUUGUAUUUAUAUUGUUCCCUUUCUUACACUGUGCUAUUCUUACCUAUAAAAAGAGGGGUUUUUUGCGAUUAAAAAUAAACACUCAAAAUAAUUGCUUCUGUUGCCUACAUAAAUAUACAGUUAUACAAAAUGACGGACAUAGAAGUAAUGGAUGUAGAUGAUGCUCAACCAGGGCCUUCGAAAAUAAGGGAGGAACCUAUAUCAAAAAAAACAAGCAACUUGCCCUGGAUAGAGAAGUAUAGGCCUCAAACAUUUGAAGAAAUUGUGGGCAAUGAGGAUACUAUUACACGACUAUCAGUAUUUGCAACACAAGGAAAUGUACCUAACGUCAUUAUUGCUGGUCCUCCUGGUGUUGGUAAAACCACCACCAUUCUUUGCUUGGCUAAAAUUAUGUUGGGCCCAGCAUUUAAAGAUGCAGUUUUAGAAUUAAAUGCCUCAAAUGAUAGAGGGAUUGAUGUUGUAAGAAACAAAGUCAAAAUGUUUGCGCAGCAAAAAGUCACUUUGCCUCAAGGAAAACACAAGAUUAUUAUUUUGGAUGAGGUUGACAGUAUGACUGAAGGUGCGCAACAAGCUUUAAGGAGAACCAUGGAAAUCUAUAGUAACACGACGAGAUUUGCCCUAGCUUGUAACUAUAGUGAAAAAGUUAUAGAACCUAUACAAUCCAGAUGCGCCAUUCUAAGAUAUUCUCGUUUAACAGAUGCUCAAGUUUUGGCAAGAGUUAUACAGAUUUGUGAAAAAGAAAAUGUAAAAUACACAGAGGAUGGUCUAGAAGCGAUAGUUUUUACUGCACAAGGUGAUAUGAGACAGGCUCUAAAUAAUCUACAGUCAACUCACAAUGGUUUUGGGGAAGUCAACUCAGUAAAUGUUUUUAAAGUGUGUGAUGAACCUCAUCCGAUGCUUAUUAAAGAUAUGCUUAGAUCAUGUGUGGAAGGAGACAUUAGGAAGGCUUAUAAGGUUGUUGAGCAUCUGUGGAACCUAGGAUAUGCUGCUGAAGAUAUAAUCAAAAAUAUUUUCAAAGUAUGUAAAAACAUGGAUUUGAACGAGAGCAUUAAAUUAGCUUUUAUAAAGGAGAUCGGAAUAACACAUCAAAGAAUUAUCGAAGGCCUCACAACAUUAUUGCAAAUGUCUGGCCUACUAUCACGAAUGUGCAUGGCUGCUCAAGGAUUAAAGCAAAAUUGAUUAGUUUUAAGAUGCAAAUUUGUUUUUUUAUAAUUAUUUAGUUUUAGUAACUUUUUUAAAUAUUACAAUUUUUGAAUACAAA